AUGCCUUGCCUUUGGAGAACUUCUGACCUAGCGGCACUCUUGAUAUGGGGGGUCUUUGUGGCUGAGUCAAGUUGUAUGAAUGGGAAUCAAACCUCACAGAUUGGUUCAUUACCUGAGACAGAAGUUAACACUACACUGUUUGUACAGAUGGGUGCAAAGGCUCUGCUGGACUGCCCUGCUCUUCCAAUGACAAAAACAAUAUUAAUAAUGUGGGUCAUAGCCCCCAGAGGGCAGUUUCCCUGCAGAAUAAUCUACAGAGCAGAAACAACGGAGACCAAUGAAACCAACUGUACAGACAAGAGAAUCACCUGGGAAUCCACACGUGACCAGAGUCCUGACCUUCUGAUCAAUGCAGUGGCCCUCGAUCAUGACGGGCUUUAUUCAUGUGAAAUAGUAACAGCUAAGGGGAAUUUCCUAAGGAGACAAGACCUCCAAGUGCUAGUGCCUCCAGCAAUAACCCUGCUUCCAGGGAAGAAUAGAACAAUAGUUUGUGAGGCAAUUGCAGGCAAGCCAGCUGCGCAGAUCUUUUGGAUUCCAGAUGGGAAUCACGUUACUAAGCAGGAAUCACACAGCAAUGACACUGUGACUGUUAGAAGCACAUACCUCUGGGAGCAGAACAAUGUGUCUGUGGUGUUCUGCUUUGUCUCCCAUCCUACUGGCAACCAGACUCUGUCCAUAGAACUGAAUCAAGGCUCUUACCCAGGAGGAUAUGGGCAACAUAAACUGAAGCCAAUGUGUUAUAAAAACAAAGACGAAAAGUUGGUGGGGUAA